ACCUAUCAAUGUUAUGUGCCAAUUCACUGGUCCCUGUUCAAUAUCCUUCUAAGAAUAUCUCAUGGACCUCCUCAAGCUUCCAAUCAAUGUCAAGGAAAAUGUAUGGCGAGUGCUUUUCCACGUCUAACAAAUUCAUAUUUGCCACGUGAUUUCCCCACUUCACCGUAUUUCCCACGCGUACAGCUCUUUUGAGUAGUGACCUAACUUUUUAGAUCCAGCAAAUCAUGUCAAGUACUGUAACUAAAAUCCUAUGAUCAAGUGGCUACAAAAUGGGAGCUCCGCUGAAUUCCUUGCAUACAAAAGUCCACCUGCUACCCGAAAUCACCAUAGCCCAAUUUCCAAAGACUCCUGCAUGAGCACUGAGCAGCAACAAACAGCAACUACCAUCUUCAUUUUAGGAUUCAGCUCGUCUUCUGUUUAACAACCAACUUCACACCUUGAAAGUGUAGCAGGGAAGGACUCUGUUUCUGAAAUGGCAAAGGAGAUUAAAGAUUUGAGUUUUUGGAUUGAAAUUGCACCAGCCCUUUUCAUAUCUCUGCACAAGACUGGUAAUUCUCCUGGGCUAGAGACUAUUCCAGAAGAGCAGACCGAGAAUACGGAAGAUGACUCAGAAUUUUAAUGCUCCUCUUUCCCUAUCCCUCUCAGAUUUUUUUUUUUUUUUUUUUACUCUCAUGGGACAAAUUGGCUGCGAAUAUGUGGUCCAUCAGGUCAUGUCAUAGCCUUCAACUUUUUGCAAUCAAAUUAAAUGGCAUUUUGAUUGUAUUUCUUCCAUUUCUUCUUAUUCAUUCUCAACAAGGAGCUAAUUUCUUUAAUUUGAAAUUUCUAUUCCCAUGAAAUUGUGAAAUAUCUAUUUCAUAAAAUAUAUGUUUUUAAUAAAAAAAAUCUUAAUUCAAGCUAAUAAAUAUUUCAUGCGAAUCGGAAUACUGUUCUUUCUAAGGAUAUUAAUACAGAGGCCAUAUUGUACCCGCCAAAAAAAAAAAAAACCCUAAAUAAAUAGCCGUUCAGUUUGAAAAUAAUAUCGAAGGGGAAAUAGACCAUGACCAUCUUCGCGAGCCCAACGUCUCUUUCGUUGAGCAAGGCUUUAGACCUCAAGAAACGUCUCCUUCAAGGUUGUGAUUCCCUCAAACAGCUCCAGCAUGUCCACGCAGUACUUCUCCGCCUCGGCCUCGACCAGGACAACUAUCUCCUGAACAUGAUCUUGCGCUUCAGCUUUGAUUUUGGUGAUACAUCCUACACUCGCUUUCUCUUUAACCAAAUCAAACAACCCAAUAUUUUCCUCUGGAAUACCAUGAUUCGUGGCUUAGUUUCUAAUGAUUGCUUUACAGAGUCUAUAGAGUUUUACCAUUCAAUGAGGAGAGAAGGAUUUUUACCUAAUAAUUUCACUUUCCCCUUCGUCCUAAAGGCAUGCGCGAGGCUUUCCCAUUUUCAGUUGGGAAUAAUUUUGCAUGCGUUUGUGGUUAAAGUGGGUUUUGAUUCCGAUGUGUUUAUUAAUACCAGUUUAGUUAGUUUGUAUGUUAAGUGCGGGUAUUUAGAACAUGCCUUUAGGGUAUUUGAUGAUAUUCCUGACAAAAAUAUUGUGUCGUGGACUGCGAUAAUAAGUGGAUACAUAGGUGUAGGCAAAUGUAGGGAGGCCAUUGAUAUGUUUCGUAGGUUGUUGGAGAUGGGUUUGAGGCCAGACAGUUUCACUCUUGUCCGGGUCCUGUCUGCCUGCGUUCAAAUUGGGGACACAGAAAGUGGAGAUUGGAUAGAUAGAUAUAUAACGGGGAUUGGCAUGGCAAGGAACAUGUUUGUCGCUACUUCUUUGGUGGAUUUGUAUGCCAAGUAUGGAAAUAUGGAAAAAGCGCGUUUUAUGUUUGAUAGGAUGGCAGAGAAGGAUAUUGUUUCGUGGAGUUCCAUGAUUCAGGGUUAUGCUUCCAAUGGGCUGCCUAAAGAAGCCCUGGACCUCUUUUUUAAGAUGUUGAAUGAGGGUUUGAAACCUGAUCGCUAUUCGAUGGUUGGAUUUCUCUGUGCUUGUGCAAGGUUAGGAGCACUAGAAUUAGGGGACUGGGGUAGCAAUUUGAUGGAUAGAAAUGAGUUCUUGGCUAAUCCAGUGUUGGGUACUGCAUUGAUUGACAUGUAUGCAAAAUGUGGGAGUGUCGCUAAGGCCUGGGAAGUUUUUAGAGGAGUUAAGGAGAAAGAUAGAGUAGUUUGGAAUGCAGCUAUAUCAGGUCUUGCCAUGAAUGGGCAUGUGAAAACUGCAUUUGGGCUUUUCAGCAAACUGGAGAAGUUUGGAAUUCAACCAGAUGGGAACACUUUUGUAGGCUUACUCUGUGGCUGUACUCAUGCUGGUUUAGUUGAUGAUGGUCGCCAAUUUUUCAAUAGCAUGGGUCGUGUUUAUCCCUUUGCUCCAACAAUUGAGCAUUAUGGAUGCAUGGUGGAUCUUCUUGGUCGCGCAGGUUUAUUAGAUGAAGCCCAUCACCUGAUUAAAAGUAUGCCAAUGAAGGCCAAUGCCAUUGUCUGGGGAGCCUUGCUGGGUGGAUGUAGGUUGCAUCGAGACACCCAGUUGGCAGAACAUGUAUUGAAACAGCUCAUAGCAUUGGAACCAUGGAACUCAGGAAAUUAUGUUCUCCUGUCAAAUAUAUAUUCUUCAAGUCAUAAAUGGGAUGAUGCAGCAAAAAUUAGGUUGAUCAUGAAUGAUAAAGGGAUUCAGAAAAUACCUGGAUGCAGCUGGAUAGAAGUCGAUGGAAUUGUUCAUGAAUUCCUCAUCGGUGAUAAGUCCCAUCCCUUAUCAGAGAGUAUAUAUGCAAAACUUGGUGAAUUGGAUAAGGAUCUAAAAGCAGCCGGCUAUGUACCCAAAACAGAUAAUGUACUGUUUGAUAUAGAAGAGGAGGAGAAAGAACAUUUCCUUGGUUGUCACAGUGAGAAGCUGGCUAUAGCUUUUGGUCUGAUAAGCACAGAUCCAAAACACACGAUUCGAGUUGUAAAAAACCUUCGCGUUUGCGGUGAUUGUCAUGAGGCCAUAAAGCUGAUUUCUAGAAUUUCAGGUAGAGAGAUAAUUGUGAGGGAUAAUAAUCGGUUUCAUUAUUUCUCUGAAGGUUCGUGCUCAUGCAAGGAUUACUGGUAAAAUUAGAUAUAAAUCACUCCCAUGGCCUAAUGGCUCAUGUUCAACAGCUUGAGGCGAAAUUCCAUCAAUUGAAAAGGCAUAUGUCUCUCAAACAGAUCAAUCAUCAUUAUUUACUAGUGCAGGUUAGACAACAGUUUGCAUCUCUAUUUUUGCGUGCAGUGCUGACUGUCUAUUGCUGGUAAGUUCAUACAUCAUAGGGUUAAUUGGAUAGUGUGAAGCAUACAUAGAGAAAAUUCACAAACAUUUGCUUGAGCAACCAGGGAUUUGAAUCUUCUAUUUUUGGUGCUUGCACUAGUUUGAAAUUAUCAGAAGCAUUGAGAUAAUCAGCAACAGGUUCUUAUUUGCAAUAACAAGUUUGGGUGCUAGUGACCCUAGAAGCUGUAGAGGGUGAAAUCAGUGUUUCUUUUGUUUUCCCACUGCACUUCACAUGUAAACCGCCUGCAGGGGACGAUAUCUGUAUUGUUCCGUUUGUUCAAGACAAUACCAUGUGCUAAGGCAAGUUUUUCAUCAUUUCAUCCUUUGCAAUUAUGUGUUUUGCCCACGUGCAUGCGAAUGGAAACAUUAUGAUGCUCUUUUAUUGUUUAGCAGAAUCAACACAUUAAGUCAUUAAGAGAUCGUUUUGUGUAUUUCUUUUUAUUCAACAAGCUUUAUAAGUCUCAAAUAAUGCAUCUACUUUGUCUUCUGAAAACUAUUAGGGUACUUGUGUCCAAAAGAAUCAACAUUUGAAUUGACAACCUAAAGGCCAUUGUUUUUUAAAUGCAUAAUCUGUUUUUGGUGUUGACUGGAAUUCUAAUUUUCAAAUGGAACAGAACCUGAUCAUUUGUAGGGACUUGCCUUGUUUUGUAUGGAUUCAUUUGAAGAAUGCCAUGGUACCCUGCAAUUAUUCCUUCUGUACAAGCAUGAGUACUAUAACGUUUUCUCCUUGAUUUUUAUUUUGGGUGGGAGGAAGUCAUUCCGUAGGCAAAAGGGUUAAAAACUUAUAAUUGUCUUGAUUCUGACUGGUUUUAUGUUGCAGGGGCUGGAGCAUGUUUGCAGUGUUCCUCUGAUUCAUCAUUCUUCAAAUUUGCAGCAGUAUUCUCUGGAAUACCAACAAUAGAUGUUAAGGGAGAGAAGAAAGUCUGAAAAGUGUUGCAGGCAUGUUAUAAUUAAACAGAAAAAAGACUCAUAAUGAUACGUAAUUCUAAUUCCUAAAGGCGUUCGAUAGUUCUUUCAUUUUAA